GGAAAAGAGAGCAACAGCACCUCCCCUCUUGUCUGAUCUAGAGUAUUCUCAAUACGGAGAUGAAAACACCCAGCCGAAAUAAAAUCUGGGCGCUCCCCGGAACGUCUCCACCGGGCGAGCCGCGGCUGGGCGGAGGUACCGCACGCCUGUCCCCUUUCCCCCGCCCCGUUCCCCCUUCCCUGCCCGGCUCUGGUCCUGCCCCAGGGCUCCCCGUCCGCCUCCGGGGCAGGAUGGUUCCCAUCGCCCUGGAGGUGGCCGGCAGUUUUGUCACCUGGCUGUGUCUCUACAGCUGCUUCUGCCGCUGCAACCGGCGCCGCUCGAGCAAGUGGAGCUGUCGCCUGGUCACCCUCGUGCACGGGCUCCUUGUCACCUUCCUCUCKGGCUACGUCCUGUUCCUGGAUGGCCCCUGGCCCCUGAGCCAUGCAGGUUCACCCAACACCCCUCUGCAGAUCCACGUGCUGUCCCUGACCUUGGGCUACUUCAUCUUCGACCUGGGCUGGUGCCUCUAUUUCCAGACCGAGGGGGACCUGAUGCUGCUGCACCACACCCUGAGCAUCUGYGGCAUGAUCCUGGUGCUGGGGCUGGGCAAAUCUGCCACUGAGGUGAACGCCGUGGUGUUUGUCAGCGAAAUCACCAACCCCCUGCUGCAGACCCGCUGGUUCCUGCGGGAAAUGGGCUCCUAUCACACUUUCCUGGGAAAAGUGGUGGAUUUCCUCUUCGUGCUSCUGUUCCUGGUGCUGCGGAUCGCGGGAGGAGCGUGGAUCAUGUAUGGGAUGGUGACGUCCCCCGAGCCCAACUGGCUGCUCAAGGCUGGGGGUCUGGCCAUGUACGUGGUGUCCUUGGGGUUCAUGGUUGAAAUUUGUCGUUUUGUAAGGAGGAAAAUGUGGAAAAAAACUCCUUCUCCGGACACGCGGUCUUUGCAGGAGUAGGAAUUUACCUGUGGGAAUUUCUUGGCUGCUCGUUAAUGGGUUGUGGAGGACAAUCCCCUGGGUUUGGGGCCUGGCUGCUGGAGCUUGUACCUGUGAAAAGAACUCCUGAAAUAACAUGGAAUYGCCUUUCUGCUGCCCCUGGAGGAGAUGGAUCAGCACUAGGAACGUGCAAAGGUUGAGAGAAGAGGGAUUUGAGUGCAAACCCAAGGAACCUGACACUGAUCUGCUGUUUUCUCCAGCCAUGGCACARUCUCAAGGAGGGUGGCAAUGCCAGACCCCAUCACAGUUUGUAUGYUCUGUCCUCCUUUCCAAGGUACAUUUGACAGAGUAGAGAACAUCAAAUAUGAAAAAUCCCAUUUUCCUGSUAAYGGCACUGGGUAAGGGGUGUGASCUGGCAAGGAUUUCCUGAGCCUUGSUCUCCUUARYCCUGGAUUUGGACAAUGUGCUUGAGUGAAAGCCUCUGACCAAGACUGGAGUGUAGCAGAGCUGUCCUUUGAGAGCGUGAGGUGAUGGCACUGAGGUGAGGCAAUGUUUUACCUCGCUGUUUUUAAUGACACAUUUCCUUUGUUUUUUUUUAGUUUUAAAUUCUCGCAUUCAGGCAGGUGCUGAUCUCAGAGCAGAGUGAUUUCACUGCGAUUGACUCAGAGUCAUGAAUUAGAUUUAAUAAACUCUGUGAGUAGGUGCUGUCCUAGCCUUGGAUUGCUUAAAAGGAGUAAUCAGGCWUUUUGAGGGAGAGAGAGGAUGRAGRA